UGGGUACUUCAUUCGUGGAUCUUCUACCCGGCACACUUGCAUCCUCGAAUUUCCUGACUAGGAGAGAGCGUCGCAUCCAUGACAGGCGAUCAGCAACAGCGUUACACUGGCAGAUGCUUGAUACGAUACCCCUCUCAAAGCUUCUUAUAACAAGCCCCGAUGAUCUUGUGCUUAAGAUGCCAACACUCUGAUAUUCUUCCUAUACGCAUGCCGAUUUUCUGCAUGUUCGAGAGGCACAAUGGUCCACCUUACCCGACUCCUCCACGCUCUGGCACUGUCUGCGAUAUCGACACCAGGUGCCGGUCAUGAGGUCUCAGGUCGACAGCUUCCCUUAGCAGAUAGCUCUGGCGAUGUAGGCCCGGGCGCCACCGCGCCAGUACGUCCGUUCAGACUGGAUCAGGUGCGGCUCGGCGAGGGACUGUUUCAAGAGAAACGAGACCGAGUGAAGGACUUCAUUCGAUCGUACGACGAGCGGCGCUUUCUGGUACUUUUUAACAACGUGGCUGGCCGGCCAAACAUGAGCGAUGUCAGCCCGCCUGGAGGCUGGGAAGACGGCGGGCUGCUCAGUGGGCACUGGACAGGUCAUUAUAUGUCGGCUUUGUCACAAGCUUAUGUCGACCAGGGCGAGGCCAUCUUCAAAAGUAAGCUCGACUGGAUGGUGUCGGAGCUGGCUGCUUGCCAGGAGGCAUAUACUGCGAAGAAGGAACCUACACACCCUGGCUAUCUCGGUGCUCUCCCUGAAGACACGGUACUGCGUCUCGGCCCCCCUCGAUUUGCGGUCUAUGGAGGUAACCUUAGCACCAACACAUGGGCCGGCUGGUACACCCAGCAUAAGAUCAUGCGCGGUCUGCUGGAUGCGUACUACAACACCGACAACAAGCAAGCGCUUGAAGUGGUAGAGAAGAUGGCCGACUGGUCGUAUCUUGCGCUGACGAUUGGCGACAAGAACCAGCCUGGAUACAAAGGGAAUCUGACCCGCAGUGACCUCAACUACAUGUGGGACACAUACAUCGCUGGCGAGUUUGGAGGCGCCAACGAGAUUUUUCCAGAGAUCUACGCUUUGACCGGCGACGAGAAACAUCUGGCGACAGCCAAAGCAUUCGACAACCGUGAGUCCUUGUUCGGCGCGGCAGUUGCAGACCAGGACAUUCUCGUGGUGACGCCACAGAACAAGCCGGGCCGGCGCCGCGCUGAGCGUCUUCAUGCCAACACACAUGUGCCUCAGUUCAUUGGGUACUUGAGGAUCUUCGAGCAUGGCGGUGCAGAGGAGUACUUCACUGCAGCCAAAAACUUCUUUGGCUGGGUGGUACCGCACCGCCAGUUUGCCAGUGGCGGCACCGGUGGCAAUGUCCCUGGCUUCAGUGAAAACCCAGAGCUGUUCCAAAACCGCGAUAACAUUGCCAAUGCCAUCGCCGGUAACGGGGCAGAGACUUGCACCACAUACAACACCCUCAAGCUGGCGAGAAACCUGUUCCUGCACGACCAGAAUGCUACGUACAUGGACCACUAUGAACGCGGCCUGUUUAAUAUGAUUCCCGGGUCGCGCGCCGACACCGACGACACCUCCGAUCCCCAGAUGACCUACUUCCAGCCCUUGUCUCCCGGCACGCCACGAGAAUACGGCAACACGGGCACCUGCUGCGGCGGCACCGGAAUGGAGAGCCACACCAAGUACCAAGAGACCGUCUACCUGCGCUCCGCAGACGCCUUCACGCUCUGGGUCAACCUGUACAUCCCCUCGACGCUGAACUGGACCGAAGCGGGCUUCUCCAUCAAACAAGAAACCGCCUUCCCGCGCGAAGGCGCCUCGAAACUCACAGUCACCGGCGAGGGCCCCCUGACCAUCAACCUGCGCGUCCCCGGCUGGACCCGCAAAGGCUUCAACGUAUCCAUCAACGGCGUCCCUUACUCAACUGAGGCCCCGAAACCCAGCACCUACCUCUCGCUAACCCGCACCUGGGCCCCCGGCGACGUAAUCGCCGUCCACAUGCCGCUCAGCAUCCGCACCGAGCGCGCCCUAGACCGCCCCUCCACCCAAGCCUUGCUCUGGGGCCCCGUGCUGCUGCAGACCGUCGGCACGCCGCCCGGCCCCUACUGGCCGCUGACGCUGUACCCCCACCUCAAGCUCGACGGCGACUACGCGCGCGCACUCACCCGCUCCGGCACCUCGGCUGCGGGCGACCCGCUGUUCACCGCGCCCGUGGCGUCCAAUGCUACAACCAACGCUACAACCGCUGCCGCCGUCGCCCUCCGGCCCUACUACAUCAGCGACACCAUCCCCGUAUCCUCCUACUUCACCCGCUUCGAGCCCUCCAUCGUCUUCGGCGCCAUCGACACAGGGAUCCCGAACCGCCGCCGCAACGACGGGCUGCCGGCGUACGACGUCCCCGUGGCGGGCGUGCCGGCGCCCGGGAGCGACGGGCCGUCGUUUCUGGAUGUGCUGUGGGACGCGGCGCCGUUUGGGUCGCAUGCGGAGUUUGUGGGGGAGGUGGAGGCGGUGGUGGGGGCGUUUGUUGCGGCGGGGGUGUUGACGCGGGAGGAGGGGGGGGUUGUUGUGCGGCGGGCGGGGGAGGCGGAGGGGGAGUUGGCUGUGUAG